AUGGCUCCUCGAAGAAUCAAGUUUCAAGACGACUACUCGAAGAUACACACUCCAAUUUGGCUGGACUCCACUUUGGCAGACACCCUGUCAAGUGUCAACCUCCAAGCCGCGACUCGUACGUCGAAGCUGUACGUUUCGCUUGGCAUGGUAUCCUUGGCGGAUUUCCAACAAGUCCUCGAUGCCACACCCACGGAAUCCGUUUUGGAAAAUUUUCUACGACGCCACAAGAUUACAAGCUACCGCGUUUCUGCUCGACAACUUCGGGAAAAUUACCUCAGCCGUCAAAUUGGGCCGCUGCUUCGGCUUCCCGCUUGCCCAGGAAUUUUUGUGCUGCCA